AGGAGGAGGAGGAGGAUGAUGCUCCGCGGCUCUCCAUAAAGCCACAGUUACGCUGCUGGACGCGCGCACCGUGAACGCGUUGGCUUUUUGUGGUCCAGUGGCCGGGAUGAAGAGGAUGAUGGAUAUCUUGUACUUUCUGUGGAUACUACCAGCAGUGCGGGCCGUUGAAGAAGUACUAAUGGAUUCAACAACGGCAACAGCAGAACUUGGCUGGACCAUCCUACCAUCACAGGGGUGGGAAGAAGUUAGCGGUUAUGAUGAAACCAUGAACACUAUCCGGACAUACCAGGUGUGUAACGUCUUCGAUAGCAGUCAGAACAACUGGGUACGGACCAAAUACAUCCGGCGGCGUGGUGCUCAGCGGAUCCAUGUGCAGAUGAAGUUCUCCGUGCGGGACUGCAGUUCCAUACCCAAUGUCCCUGGCUCCUGCAAGGAGACAUUCAACCUGUAUUACUACGAGUCUGACUCGGACACGGCCACCAAACUAUCCCCCCCGUGGAUGGAAAACCCCUGGGUGAAAGUGGACACCAUAGCAGCUGAUGAGAGCUUCUCUCAGGUGGAUCUCGGUGGCCGCAUCAUGAAGAUCAACAGUGAAGUUCGGAGUUUUGGACCUGUUUCGCGCAGUGGCUUCUACCUUGCUUUCCAGGAUUACGGCGCCUGCAUGUCCUUGAUUGCCGUCCGAGUCUUCUACAGGAAAUGUCCCCGUGUGAUCCAGAAUGGCGCCAUUUUUCCUGAGACUUUGUCUGGAGCGGAGAGCACCUCUCUGGUGGCAGCCAGAGGGGUGUGCGUCCCCAAUGGGGAGGAGGUGGAUGUACCCAUCAAGCUGUACUGUAACGGGGACGGGGACUGGAUGGUGCCCAUCGGGCGAUGCAUGUGCAAAGCCGGGUACGAGGCGGUGGAGAAUGGUACAGUCUGCAGAGCAUGCGUAGCAGGCUUCUUCAAGGCUGCACAAGGAGACCAUACAUGUCUCCAGUGCCCCAUGAACAGCAGAACCACCAGUGAGGGAGCAACUAACUGUGUCUGUCGCAGCGGAUACUCCCGCAGUGACUCUGACCCGUCACAGAUGCCCUGUACAACUGUUCCAUCAGCUCCACAAAACGUCAUUUCCAUCGUCAAUGAGACUUCUCUGAGGCUGGAGUGGAGCCCCCCACAGGAAGGUGGAGGCCGAGAAGACGUUGUCUACAACAUCAUAUGUAAAAGCUGCGGCAGUGGGCGGGGCGGCUGCACCCGCUGUGGAGACAACGUGCAGUUUGUCCCUCGUCAGCUGGGACUCACGGACACCAGCGUCCACAUAAGCGACCUCCUGGCUCACACACAGUACACCUUUGAAAUACAAGCUGUCAAUGGAGUGUCCGACCAAAGUCCUUAUUCACCCCAGUACACCUCCGUCAACAUCACAACCAACCAGGCAGCCCCAUCAGCAGUGUCCAUCAUCCACCAGGUUGGCAGAGCCCCUAACAGCAUCACCCUGUCCUGGUCCCAACCUGAUCAGCCUAAUGGAGUGAUUCUGGACUAUGAACUGCAGUAUUAUGAGAAGAACCAGGCGGAGUGGAACUCCUCUCUAACGCGCAGUCAGACCAACACAGCAGUCAUACGAGGCCUGAAGUCUGGAACUAUCUACGUCUUCCAAGUUCGGGCUCGGACUGUCGCUGGAUUUGGACGCAUCAGUGGCAAGAUGUACUUCCAAACCAUGACUGAAGAGGAAUAUAACUCCAGUAUCCAGGAGAAGCUCCCACUCAUCAUUGGUUCUGCUGCUGCGGGGGUCGUCUUCAUCAUUGCCAUCACUGUCUUCAUAAUUGUCUGCCGCAGCAGGAGAAAUCCUGACAGACCAGAAUCCGAGUACACAGACAAACUCCAACAUUACACCAGCGGUCACAUGUCCCCGGGAAUGAAGAUCUACAUCGACCCCUUCACGUAUGAGGACCCCAAUGAAGCAGUCAGAGAGUUUGCCAAGGAGAUUGACAUGACUUGUGUCAAGAUUGAACAAGUUAUUGGUGCAGGUGAGUUCGGGGAGGUGUGCAGUGGAAACCUCCGGCAAGCUGGGAAGAGAGAGAUCCUGGUGGCUAUUAAGGCGCUGAAGGCGGGCUACACUGAUCGCCAGAGGCGGGACUUCCUGAGUGAGGCGUCCAUCAUGGGCCAGUUCGACCACCCAAACAUCAUCCAUCUGGAGGGGGUUGUGACCAAGAGCACCCCUGUGAUGAUCAUCACUGAGUUCAUGGAGAACGGAUCUCUGGACUCCUUCCUCAGGCAAAAUGAUGGGCAGUUUACAGUGAUCCAACUGGUGGGGAUGCUGCGCGGCAUUGCAGCAGGCAUGAAGUACCUUUGUGACAUGAACUACGUCCAUCGGGACCUGGCAGCUAGGAACAUCCUGGUCAAUAGCAAUCUAGUGUGCAAAGUGUCUGACUUCGGCCUGUCCCGCUUCCUUGAGGAUGACACGUCAGACCCCACCUACACUAGCGCUCUGGGAGGGAAGAUUCCCAUCCGGUGGACGGCUCCUGAGGCCAUUCAAUACAGGAAAUUCACCUCCUCCAGUGACUGCUGGAGCUAUGGAAUAGUAAUGUGGGAGGUGAUGUCAUAUGGAGAGAGGCCCUACUGGGACAUGAGCAAUCAAGAUGUUAUUAAUGCCAUAGAGCAGGACUACAGGUUGCCCCCCCCCAUGGACUGUCCUAGUGCAUUGCAUCAGCUGAUGCUGGAUUGCUGGCAGAAAGACCGCAACAAUCGGCCCAAGUUCAGCCAGAUCGUCAGCACCCUGGACAAGAUGAUCCGCAACCCCAGCUGCCUCAAGGCGACGACACCACUGUCGUCAAGCGUUCACUUACCUCUGCUCGAUCGGACCGCUCCGGACUUCUCAUCCUUCAGCGUAGUAGAUGAGUGGCUGGACGCCAUCAAGAUGGGCCAGUACAAGGAGAACUUCACCACCGAAGGAUUCACCACCUUUGAUGUGGUGUCACAAAUGACCAUGGAGGACAUCAUCCGAGUGGGUGUGAUGUUGGCCGGCCACCAGAAGAAGAUCCUCAACAGCAUCCAGUCCAUGAGGGCCCAGAUGAACCAAAUCACUUCAGUGGAGGUCUGACCUCGCAGGCCGAGAGCACACCCUGUUUACACGAGGACACCCAGAUGCCACCAGCAACGAGCCCUGCAUUCUCCUGGAACCCUGUGGGGACAGACUGGGACCCCAGAAGGUUCUAUCCAUCUGAGGCACCUGCACAUGUCUGCUCAUAUCCUUGUAACUGCAGGUUGGGGGACAGCCAUGCUCCGGGGUUGUGUGUAGACCGUGUACACAGCCAUCUAAAGCCAGUGUGCAAACGUGUCAUUUCAAUAGGACGCCUUGUUUUAAGGAUUUAAUCUGAUACUUUGCUCCCAUUCCACCAAUUUCAAACGUUCAGUGAGAAAGGGUUUGCACUUUGACUUGUUCAAGACUCACUGUUGAAAAUGAAAAUGAACACAAAAAAAGCAACUAAAUUCAACUGUCAGUGUCAGUUGUGCUGGGAGCCACGUGAUAACUAUUAAACACGUUUAUUCUGCAACAAGUUAUUCUCUUAAUGGCAGGCAGUUUUGACACAAACACCAUUAAUGCCAACAAUGCAAAUAAAGAAAUGCCAUAAAAUGGCACAACUGAUAUAACACCUGAAAUUCACAUUAUCCAACUGUUGGUUGCACCGUACGCUGGCUGUCCUUCAGUGUGAUGUCAUUCUAUCAAAUACUUCAAAGUCUGGCUUAGGGAACAAUGCAUUGGAAUGUGUUUGAGGUAAUGGCGCAAUGCGUCAUCAUCACAAGCAGUUGUUCAUGAAAAGUGACAGUUGUUAUCUAACCUACUUUCACGUCACAAGAUGUCCGUAAGGCUGGCU